CUAGCACAAGCAAAGAACAAAUCCCAUCAAAAUGGUCUACACGGAGCGCACCGACAAGUAUCUGACCACUAGCAAGGAUAACGCCGGUCAGACCAAGUCUUCCUCGUCCUCGCCAUCGCCAUCGUCUUCGUCUUCGUCACCGUCCUCGAAGACUACGUCGAGUCACAGCGCAGGCGCCUGGAGCAGCCAGGCUUCAAAUGCGGAAAAAUGGAAAUACAACAAUAUGGUCAAGGAUGACCGCGAUAAGUUCAACAGCUUGCACUUCUCUUAAAUUGAAACCCCUUCAAUAAUGGGAAGUACGGGGGAGAUUAUGGCAUCCUUGUGCAAUUCAUAAUGCCUGCAACGUGAUUGAGACUUAAGUUCUCUUGUUAUAUCUGGGUUCUAUGGGUUAAUUAUUAGCUUAGUCGGUAAACUUGUUAUUAAUUUGAUAAUUGAUGGAGAAGCUUUAAUUCAAAA